AGCGUUGGAAUAGAGAGUGCGCGUCGCUAGAGGAGUCAGGAGGGAGUUUUAUCGGGACGUAGGCGGUAAAAGAGCGCGGAUCAGAGAGGGACUACUUGACGUGGAGAUUGGUGCGAGAGGAGGCGGAGGUGUUGGCAGUGAGAAGGCGGAAGAGGCGGAGCCGGGAAGCGGAGAGUGUGUGUGUGUGUAGAUGUGAGGAGGCCGCUCCGAGGCUCGGAGGACACAUAGACUGUCAGCCGGCAUGGCUCACCCGGCCGGGCCCAGCCGCUCCAGGCAGCCUGCAGAGUCAGAGCUGUACUUCUUGAUAGCGCGAUUCCUUUCAAAUGGACCCUGUAUUAGGUCUGCAGAGAUGCUGAGACAAGAGCUCAACGAAUAUAAGCUACUUCCAAACAGAAUGGAUUGGCAGGGCAAUGAACAUAGUAGGACAUAUGAGGAAAUGGUAUCGGCUAACAAGAGUGUAGCGCCAGACCAUUUGUUGAAAUUAUGUCAGAGUUUAACAACGUUUCUUGAUAACCACUCUCCAGCAAACCUAUCCAGAGCAAGUUCGCUGCUUGGCCUAGUCAAACAAUCAACAUUACGUACAGAAAAAGGUCACAGAAAUGCUCAGUGGAGUCAGAAGUCAUUUGCCACUCUUCAGCGUGGGAGGCCACCAGAAGUGCCUGUUACCAGGAGGAAUCCACCAUUUCUUGUGGAUGUGCAUCAGGGGAAACAUCUUACCGGGGCCAUGCAGUUCACUUCUGCAUUUCCUGUUACCAUGUACCAGCAGAUAAAGAUGCAGAGGAGGAUUCUGGGUCAUCUCUCUUCUGUCUACUGUGUUGCAUUUGACCGAACAGGUCAAAGAAUUUUUACUGGCUCAGAUGACUGCUUGGUGAAGAUCUGGUCAGCACUUGAUGGCCGGCUGCUAGCUACACUAAGAGGUCACUCAGCUGAGAUCUCUGAACUUACUGUGAACUAUGAAAAUACUCUGAUUGCUGCUGCAAGCUGUGAAAAGAUUAUCAGAGUUUGGUCACUAAGAACUUGCGCCCCUGUGGCUGUGCUGCAAGGUCACUCUGUGUCCGUAACCUCUUUACUUUUCAGCCCACUGGUCAAAGGUUCUGUGCGCUACUUGGUGUCUACAGGAGGAGAUGCAACUGUCUGCCUCUGGCAUUGGAAUGUGGACACCCUGCAGUUCAAUGAUCGACCUUUGAAAUUUAUAGAAAAAUCUGGACCUGGAGUUCAGAUGCUUUGUUGUUCCUGCAGUGUUGGUGGAAUGUUUAUGGCUGUUGGUGGCAGUGACCAUGCUAUCAGAAUAUAUUAUUUUGGCAAUGAAACACCCGAGAAAUUGACAGAGCUGGAGGGCCACACAGACAUAAUUGACAGUAUCCUCUUCUCAUUCAACAGUGAAAGGUUUGUCAGUGGAAGCAAAGACGGAACUGCUCAGAUAUGGAGCUUGAAACAGCAGGAAUGGCACAGCAUUACACUUGAUAUGAGUGCAAAUGUGGAUGACAGAUACCAAUGCAGCGAUAUUCCACAAUAUUCUAAGCCAAAAGUCCUUAUGAUUGCAUGGGAUCUCACCGAUAACUUUGUUGUGACUGCGUGUAGCGCCCACCUGCUAAAGGUCUGGGAUUCUCAUGCUGGCACCCUGCUGCAUGUUCUGAAGGGUCAUGAAAAUGACAUUUUUGUCUUGGAGCCUCAUCCAUUUGAUCACAGGGUGAUGUUAUCUGCAGGGUAUGACGGAAACCUCUUCUUAUGGGACAUUAUAAAUGGUGUUCAAGUAAUGCAUAGCUUCAAUGCGAUUGAAGGGCAAGGUCACGGUGCCAUUUUGGACUGCAAACUGUCCAACAAUGGGCAGCACAUGGCAGGUACAGAUUCCCAUGGACAUCUACUGAUUUUUGGCUUUGGCAGCAGUAAAGCAUAUGAUAAGAUUCCAGAUCAAAUGUUCUUCCACACAGACUACAGACCUCUUUGUCGUGAUGCAAAUCAUUUUGUCCUUGAUGAACAAACCCAACAAGCACCUCACCUCAUGCCACCACCAUUUCUGGUAGAUGUUGAUGGAAACCCACAUCCAAAAAAGUAUCAGCGCCUGGUACCCGGGAGGGAAAAGUGUGCAGAUGAGCACCUGAUUCCUCAACUGGGAUACAUGGAGACUAGUGACGGUGAAGUUGUGGAACAAGUGAUCAGCCAGCGGACAAACUAUGAUCAGCAAAACCACGAGCGGAGCCUCCUGGAUGGGAUGAUCAGACGGCUACAACUCCAGCAGGAUCAGAGACGUGUCCCCGGACAAGAGCCUGGCUCCAGCAUACAGGCUCCCUUGGCAGAUCCUGGAAGAAGAGACCUCAUAUCUCCUCCGAAUAUUGGUCUGAGACGCAGUGGGCAAGUGGAGGGCGUCCGUCAGAUGCACCACAAUUCACCCCGCAGUCAAAUCGCCACCGAGAGAGAUCUGUUAGCUUGGAAGAGGAGAGUGCUAGUUCCAGAGAUACCAAGUAGCAUCUUCAGAUUGGAAGAAGAUUACAGAAUUGCUAGAGGUGGGCAGGAAAAACUUGUUUUAGUGAAGCACAAAAGGAAGUUCAGAGAAUCUUCUCAGGAGAGUGACUUCUGUGUCCGUGAUCUGCGAAAGAAGAUAGUGCGUCGCAGAAAACCACCGCGGCCUGCUGUGGAAGAAUUUAUAGAAUUUUCUUGUGAGGAGAAAGAAGAAACUAUGUCUUCUGUGGAUGGGGAAGAAACAGAGAAUCAAGCAGAAAAUUCAUCGGAUGCUCCCAGUGAUGACGAAGAAUGGGGAAAUACAAGUGACUCUUCCAGCGAGUAUUCUGAUUGGACGGCACAUGCUGGAAAUAACCUGCAUCCUCCUAGCAGAGUUUCUGCGAGGCAAAGAGCUAAAAAGCGUAUCAGCAGUUCUGAGGAUGAGAGCUCUGCAGAGGAGAAAUCCCCACAGAAGGCUUUAACUCCAAGAAAAAGUUCACCUGAACCCAGAAAUGAGAAUGAGAAUGAGUCUGCGGAAGGUGUUCAGAGGCCUCCUGUAAGCAGAGAGAUCUCAAAUGAAUGGCAUCCUUCAGUGUGGAUCACGGACACAAAUCCUCGAAGAUCCCCUUUUGUCCCACAAAUGGGAGAUGAAGUAGUUUACUUCCGACAAGGGCACGAAGCGUAUAUUAAUGCAGUCAGGAGAAGGAACCUCAGUAUCUUAAACUUAAUGAAAGAGCCAUGGAAAAAAUGUGAACUUAGGGACCAGGAGUUGGUGAAAAUUGUUGGGAUCCGAUAUGACAUUGGACCUCCCACUUUGUGCUGUCUUAAACUUGCCCUGAUUGACCAUGUUAGUGGAAAUCUCAUGGGACAAUUCUUCUCUCUCAAAUAUCAUGACAUGCCAGAUGUAAUUGACUUCCUUGUACUAAGACAGUUCUAUGAUCACGCUCGGAGUACAAACUGGCAGGCUGGUGACAAGUUCCGUUCUAUAAUAGACGAUGCUUGGUGGUUUGGAACAGUUUUGAGUCAAGAGCCGUGCCGGCCCGAAUAUCCAGAUAGCCUUUUCCAAUGUUAUACUGUUAAGUGGGAUAAUACAGAAAUUGAGAGGCUGAGCCCUUGGGAUAUGGACAUCAUUCCUGAUAAUAUGAUUACACCAGAAGAGCCAGGAGCCAGUGUCUCAAUAACAAUUGAAGAGAUGGAUGCUAUGCUCUAUCGCCCCCAGGAGGGAGAAUGGGGGGAAAGUGACCAACACACACAGUGUGAAAGAAUUAUUUGUGGCAUCGAUCAACUUUUUAGUAUGGAUAUCGCUACAUUUUUUGCUGCACCUGUGGAUUUAAAUGUCUAUCCGCAAUAUUGCAUGGUGGUGUCGUACCCUACAGACCUCAGCACUAUACGUAUGAGACUUGUCAACCGUUUUUACAGGAGGUUGUCUGCACUAAUCUGGGAAGUGAGAUAUAUUGAGCACAAUGCCAGAACCUUCAAUGAACCUGACAGCAACAUUGUUAAAUUGGCCAAGAAAAUAUCGGACCUACUACAAAAAUUCAUCAUGGACAGCAGCUGUACACGCAUUGAAGACCUGUGCAAUACUGCUGAAGAGCAGGACUCCUGUGAUGGACAGGAAAAUAGAGUUGAUCAACCUAGAUCAUCGGGAAACACGCAGAGAUUAAAAACGGUGAAUAGUUGGAAGAAGUGCUGCAUGGACCUGGUUGAAUUCAUUAUAGUAUGUGAAGAUUCUGAACCAUUCAGACAGCCUGUAGACCUGGAGCGGUACCCUGAUUACUAUGAUGUGGUAAAGACCCCUAUGGAUUUUGGGACCAUAAAGGAAAAAAUGGCAGCCGGGAAUUACAACAGUCCAUUGGAAUUAUGUAAAGACAUGAGAUUGGUCUUCUGCAAUGCCAGGUUAUACACACCCAACAAGCGCUCUAGGAUCUACAGUAUGGUAUUGAGGCUUUCUGCACUUGUAGAAGAGAAGUUGAAGGUUAUUUUGUCAGAUUAUAAACAUGCUCAAAGGUCCAAAAUUAGGUCUGGAGAAUCAGGCAACAUGAAGAGAGUCGGAGCCAAGCUAGGGCGAUAUGCCAGACAUUCCCUCAGUGACGUCUACCGUAAAAAUGUCAGACAAAGAAGAACAUCUCCGAGUCAGCGAAUGAAUGGCUCCCUGCAAAAAACUUCUUCAUUGCGAUCUACCUCAAGCGGAACACCACCUACUACCACCCAGACCAGCAUAGGUAGUUCCUCUGUUAGACGCACGCGUGGACAAUCACCUGACAGUGCCUCGGGACCUUCUGCUAAAUCUUACAUAGUCAACCGAGUGAGACGUAAUGCAGCAAGCUGCUCUUCAUCUUCGGAGAGUGACACAGACUCCUCUUCAUCCUCUUCUACCUCUGCUUCGGCACAUUCCUCCCGCACGUCAUCUUCUAGCUCUGGCGCAUCUCAGGGCAAUAACCAAAGGAGAAUCGUAUCUGUCAAAAGGAAAAUUCCAAGCUAUUCUGAUGAUUCAGACUCUGCAUCUGAGGGAAGCUCUCAUCAGGGAUCAAGAAAGAAAACUCUCCGCAAGAGUGCUGCCAUGGCAGCUAAUAAGAUAAAGUGUAUGACUGACGUGGAAGACAGUGCCUCCAAUUCAGAUAGUGACUGUAGUGCAAGCAAGAACAGCAGAACACUGCCACCCCGCACAGCUGCGGCAAGGGCCAUGAAACUGCUCUUAGAUGGCAGUGAGGAAGAGACUGCUUUAAGAAGUGAGAGCGAUCAGGAGCGUAGGAGGAGGAGAGCCUCUAAGACCCCACCAAGGACGUGUUCAAAGCCCCCCCGAGUCCCACGGAAGUUAAACACUGACUCCAGCAUCUACAGUUCCGAUAACAGUAUAAAAUCCCCACCUCCAAAACAUUCUCCAAGUGAUGAUUUGAACAGGAAAGGCCAUCAUAUCAAUGGUGGCAACCAAAGUAGGGAUGAGAUCUUGGACUCUCCAUGCCCUCGCCUGGCCACCAAUUCUCGUAGGUGCAUUGUGGAAUCUGACUCGGACUCAUCGUCCUCCCCAGAAAGUGAUGUGACAGUAUUAAAGAGGACCCAGAACAAUCUCAGCCAUAGACAACCACAGGAAUGUAGGGUAGUCCUAACCAAUGUUUGUUUAACUGAGGCUAAUGCAUAUUUACGGAGUCCCUGUCUAGACAUACCAUUGCCCCAGACUCCACAGCAUCCAAGAAGCUCCGACAGUGAUUCUGAUUCAGAAUUUGAAACUUUGGUCAGCAAAAAGCGAAAGAAUGACGCAUCCUCUGGAGCAUCUCCUCCUGCUAGAAAAACAAAAGUAUUAAGCGACUCCGAGGACACCUCCAAUUCAGGAAGUGAAUAUAACAACUGUAAGUUCUCCAGUUCUGGAGAGAGUUCUUUAUCUAUAAAGAACGGCGCCCAAUUCUCUGAUUCAGGGUCCUCUCUCUCAGACAACGCAAGAGUCGUCAAACCCAGAACGAACAAGAGUCCUUCAGUGAGACCUAAAGCAACUGAUCAGAAGAGGAAACGGGCAAAGAGCAGCUGCGAUGACGAUUGGGAGCAGCAGGACACUGCAAGCCGCAAAAAAAAGUUUACUCGUAACACUAAGAUCCGUACACGGAACCAGGGAAAAAGGACUGUGCGAUAUGACGAUGACGAGAACGCAGCUCAGAGUGACGAAAACUUGAAUGGCAGGCAGAGUAGCGAUACCUCUGUGAGGAGACUGACCCCCAGAGACAGGGCCAGGAAUUUCUUGCGCUAACCAACAAAGCAAAAAAUGUACUGACUUUUCUAAAUGUUGAAAUUCAGGGAAUAUACUUCUAUUUUUCUACAGAAAGAGAAAUUAUGAAUGUGACUACAAACUGUACAUGUUUGACUUGCACUUGUUUAUAUUAAAGCAUUAUCAGCACAGAUGCCAACAUGUGCCUCGAGAUGGGGCAGGGGACAUCUGAUUGCGCUAACUAAUGGUAUUUUCCGAGGUUUUUAGAACCCACAAGCUUAGUUUUUUUGCAGUGAGAGUCUGUUACUUAGACCCUCGUUUUAUUACUAGACUUCUCAGCCAUUGAUCUUUAAUUUGCACAGUUUAAGUUUACAAGUGUUUUUUGGGCUUUGUUAUGUAUUUUUUUUUUUAUUAUUAUUAUUAUUGAAAAAAAAAAAACAGGUGCAGAAUACACAUAGUUUAGCUCCUUUUUCCUUUAAAACUUGAAGAUAACCUUUCUUCCCAUAAUACAGAUCAGUGCCAUUAAUUUAUUUCUAGUCUCAGAAAGCUAAAUCUUCUUUCUGGAAUAAUUUAUUUUUUUCCCUAGUGCACGUUUCUCCCCUUUACAGGAUUCAUUCUGUCAUAACCAGAGUAUUACGUUACCAUACCAUGUUAUGGUAAAGGCCAACAUAACAAAUCAAGGAUAGUGUGCCAUACCAAGUUAUAAUAAAGGGCAGUAUGAGAAACUGGGGAUGGAGUAGAAGAGUGUACUGUACAAUAUUUUAUUAAAGGGCACCAUAACAAAUUGAGGAUAGUCAAGGAUAGAAGAGUGCUGCUUGUAUGCUCUGCUGUUUCUUCCACUUUGUCUUGUUUAAAGCUAAACUCCAGGAAACCUCAGAAUUUUCCCUUUGAAAAUGCUCAUUUGGUCUAGAGUUUGGCAAAAGCAAUUCAACUUACCCGGUUCUCCUGUAUCUCCAUCAGACAACGCUUCCCCUUGCUCCAUCAGUGCACUGUCUCUUAGCAUCCAAAGCACGGCCAUUGUCCCUGAAUCAUUCAUGAUGAUGUCAGGACCUUGGACCACUGGGGCAUUGGGGAGAAGAAGCUGUGGGGAACGGUCUAGCGACACAGAAGAGCCAUCAAGAGUGGAGAAUCGGGCAUCUACUUUUCUAUGCCCCCUGGACCUAAAUAAGCAGUUCACCUUUGCAGUGUGGGCAUGGACUGCACUGCUAGGGAGAGAAUUUAAGUUUCCUGGAGUUUACCUUUUUAAGAGGAACUUGUCACAAAUUAAAUCCUGCGCCGUAACCCUCUGAUAGAAACUCCCAUUUUGUCUGCUUGCAAAGGUGUGGACAUUUCGGUUAUGUGUGAAUAUUCUUUAAAGAAAAAAAAAGAGCAACAAAUGAGCUUUGAAGUUACUCUUUCCUGUAAAUGUUAAAAAUGGAUGAUCCCCUUCAAAUAAAACAUGUACAUAGAAUUUGUGGUGCAGGCAGCAAAA